GCAGCCAUAUUAAAAUCAAAACAAAAUUUUGAAUUAAAAAUCUUUCAGAGAAAAUAGAAUGUCUUUUAAAAAAACAUCUCAAAGAUUAUUUUUUUCAUAAAUCAUUCAUUGUCUCCCUCUAAACCACCAACCUUUCUUAAAGCAAAGAAAAGAGAAAACAUACAAAAGAAAGAGACACAUUAUUAGCUAAUUGUCUACAAGGAAGUCACGUGGAGUGUUGAAAUAUCAAUUGGAGAUGUAGUGUUAACAAUUCACUACAUAUGCAAUGAUCAUCAAACAAACAGUAAUACCAAUUGGGAAACUACAGAAAGAAUAGAAAAGAAUGUCAGAAGCAGAAGAAGAAAUUGAAGGAGAGGAAGGAUCCACUGGCCCAGCUGAAGUUCCAAUGCCAUCUGAAGUUCAAUUAAAAUUAGCCGAACAAGGAAAUUACUUGGCCACCAAUUUAAAUGCCUUAUUUGCCACAACAAUGCAACUCAAUGCUGACAUACUUGCCAUUCGUGAGAUCAUAAGAAAUGGUCAUGAAAAGCUCAGUGCUGAUUGUAAUAAGAAGAUGGGCUUUUUCUCAAACCGCAUUUCGAUUAUUGAGAAAGAACGGGCUGAAGAGAAAUUAAUUGCAGAAGCAGAGAAAAACAAAGCACUUGGCUUGCCUGUUGAAGAAGAAGAUCCUUUGGCCAAAUUCAUCAAAAUUCAUGCCCAACUUGCUGACCUUGUCAGGUCAAAUCCAAGUAUGAUUAGCCAAGCUUGUUUGAAGCUGGAGGAAACGAUAUUUGCAUUGGAACCGGACAGUACAGCACCACCUUCAGAAGAAAAAGAUUUUUCUUAAGAUGCUCUUGGAAUGAAUGGAAUUACUGGAGAAUUUAAAUUCUUUUCAAUUCGUGAGUUCAAAUAAAUCAAUCAACCUUCGCACGAUACUUUUUUUGAUGUUUUCUGCUUGUAUGUAAAGUUUUUGUAAAUCUAAUCAAAUGUUAUACUCUUGAAAUUUACGCUUUUCCAGAAAAAUGAUGUGAUAAUGUGAAAAUAUUUGGAUUU